AUGUCCACCAGGACUGCGAGGCUGGGUCUACAGCUGAUUCAGACUCGUACGAUCCUGGCCCCGACGAAAAAGCCCUUGCCGACAGCACGACGCGAAAUCUCCUCGACAGCUCUGGUUGCGCAAAGCCGUCACAGAGUCUCAGCAUCCAAGCUCACACCGCUGGCUGCAAAUCCGCCCUCCUCAACCACGACACCUUCGUCCUUCUUCACUCCCUCUCUGUGUCGAACGAGAAAUGUAUCCUCAUCCUCGAAUGCCUCAGCCGCAACAACCUCCACACCUCCGCCGUCGUCCUCCUCCCCUCCCACGGCUCUAGAUUGGAAUACUUUCUUCCGCCUUCGAACUGUACGGCGUCGCUACGCCCUCACUUCCUCGAUCAUUACAUCCUUUGCUUCAACCGCCGGAGCAUUGGUCGCAUUUUCCGAAAUCCCAGCCCUUGCAGAUAAUAUCACGAAAAUCAUUCCUACUGAUCCUGUCAUUGGUAUUGGGAUCGCAACAUUUGGAGCCACUUUCUUUGGCUGGCUGAUCGGCCCUGCUUUUGGAAACACCCUCUGGAGACUGUUGCACCGGAGUCGUCUGCCAGAGUUCAACAAAAAAGAGCGAGCAUUUUUUGAAAGGAUCAAGAAGCACAGAGUCAACCCAACCGGUGCGAGCACCAACAACCCAGUACCUGAUUUCUAUGGCGAGAAAGUGGGAAGUGUGGCUGGCUACCGACGGUGGCUCAAAGACCAGCGCGCUUUCAACAGGAAGCGGGGAGGAAACUAUCCUCCCACUAUGUGA